AAGAGGUGCCAGCCUAUCUGAUCGUCUGUUUUUUGUGAUGGAGUUUGUGAAUGGGGGUGACUUGAUGUUUCAUAUUCAGAAGUCUCGUCGUUUUGAAGAAGCACGAGCUCGUUUCUAUGCAGCAGAAAUCAUUUCGGCACUCAUGUUCCUACACGAGAAAGGAAUCAUCUAUAGAGAUCUCAAAUUGGACAACGUACUGUUGGACCACGAGGGCCACUGUAAGCUGGCAGACUUUGGGAUGUGCAAGGAAGGGAUCUGUAAUGGAGUGACCACGGCAACCUUCUGUGGCACGCCAGACUAUAUCGCUCCAGAGAUCCUCCAGGAAAUGCUCUAUGGACCCGCAGUAGAUUGGUGGGCGAUGGGCGUGUUGCUCUACGAGAUGCUCUGUGGUCACGCACCCUUCGAGGCAGAGAAUGAAGAUGACCUCUUUGAGGCCAUCCUGAAUGAUGAAGUGGUCUACCCUACAUGGCUCCAUGAAGAUGCCACAGGGAUCCUGAAAUCUGUAAGUUUGGUUUACCCAGCCAGCUUCUGGCCUACUGCAAACCAGCUGGCUGUGUACUUCUUUGUGUUCUUCCAACACCUCGCACUGGUAAGCUCCCAGUGCUAACUGCAGUAUAUGUUUUAAUCUGCAGAAUCAAAGAACCAGAAUGUUUUCCUCUGGUUAUGCAAUAGUUCUUUCUGGGCCAACUGCGAGCCGUUGAUAACGUUGUUUGCCAAAUAUCAAGUAUUUCUAGCACUUUGGC